CUGCACUCUGACCGCUGAUGAGUAAUCGAGUUUCGUGGGCGCGUGAGGUCACAUGAGAUUUAGCCGAGUAUUCUUUGGUAAAAAAUAUUUCACGUGUUAACAUUGUUUCAAAAUGGGACAAUCUUGAGAACGUGGUGGCUAUCUAUUGAGGUGUAAUCUUCUGUAAUGACUGAAUCAAGCAGAACCAUACAACCCAUGAUCUAUCUAGACUACAAUGCAACAACUCCCCUAGAUCCAACAGUUCUUGAGAGCAUCCAUAAUGCAUUGCAAAACGCUUGGGGUAACCCUAGCAGUUCACAUCAUUUUGGGAGUGAGGCAAAUGGCAUAAUUAAAAGAUCACGUGCAUCUAUUGCAAAAAUGAUCAAUGCUCACAACUCAGAGAUUAUUUUCACGUCUGGUGGGACAGAAUCAAACAACAUGGUUAUUCACACGGCAAUAGAACAUUACAAGAAACAAAGGGAAACAACUGGAAGAGCUAUCUUGCCACCCAUACCGCAUAUUAUUACAUCAAAUCAAGAGCAUGAUUCUGUGUGCUUACCCCUUAAGCAACUGGAGGCAGAGUCAAAGAUUGAGCUAGGGGUUGUCCACGUUUCUAAGAGCUCUGGUAUGGUUAUGCCGGAUGCCGUCAUGGAUGCUAUCAGACCCAAUACAUGUCUGGUGUCAUUAAUGUUAGCAAAUAAUGAAACAGGCAUUAUUCAGCCGAUCUCAGAAAUUUUCAAAUCUCUACAAAGUAUUCAAAAGAAAAGAUCAGAAGCCGGGCUGCCUACCAUUCUCACGCACACUGAUGCGGCGCAAGCACUCGGGAAAAUUCCUGUGGAUGUCUUGGACUUAGAUGUGGACUAUCUCACAAUAGUUGGCCACAAGUUUUACGGCCCAAGAAUAGGAGCCUUGUAUGUCAGAUCUUUAGGUGAACCAAGUGGCCGGCCUCUCUACCCAAUGUUCUUUGGUGGUGGCCAGGAAAGGAACUAUAGACCAGGAACAGAAAACACAGGAAUGAUUGCUGGGCUUGGCCAGGCUGCCCAGCUUGUGGUGGAUCAUUUAUAUGAGUACCAAGAACACAUGGAAAAUGUCAGAGACUAUCUUGAAGCUAGUCUAACUGAAAAAUUUGGUAAAGAAUGCAUCCACAUAAAUGGGAGAUUCUCCACAAGCAAGCGACUUCCAAACACCUGUAACGUUUCAUUCAUAGGGGACGGCCUCCAUGGGCGGACAAUCCUGAAAACUGUCAAUCACUUACUGGCAAGUGUAGGGGCUGCGUGUCAUUCCGACAGAGUAGCCAAGCCUUCACACAUUCUGCUAGCUCUUGGUAUUCCAGAUAAAGUUGCUAUGAAUGCUGUUAGAAUGAGUGUAGGUCGAGAAACAUCAAAACAGGACAUUGAUGUUGUUGUUACAGACCUUAAGACAGCUGUGGAAAGCCUUCAAGUCCAAAAUUGAAAGCCCAUUCCACCUAACAUCCACCUCUAUGGCACACAAUGCUGUGUGCUCAAUUUAAGGGGGGGGGGUUAGGGGCACAUUGACGGUUGGCAGAGAGUCGCUCUGCAUUGCCUGUGUCCCUUGCCACUGAGGCAGUUUAUCGCCUUAUGUCUGAGGAGCUUUCUCCGGUUUUGCUCGUUCCAAUUUAAAAUUUGAGGCUAAUAAUUUAUUCUUUUAGACUCUACCCCUCUAGAUAACUGUCAAAGGUAAAUAUGUUACCCAAUUUCGAUUUAAAGGAAGGGGGUUCAUAUAGGGAUGUAUGGAAGAAGUUUUUGUUAUCGAACAACAGAAUCCUGAAGGAAGGGGAUCAAAGUUUUCUCACUAUUGCGGCUUGCUUAUAUUGUCGGCCUAAUCCCACAUGACAUCUCCUUAGAAUAGUAAUAACUCUAGAAUACACGUUUUCGCUAUCAGAGAUUGCUGAACUUAUUAAAAUCCACUUACAAUUAA